AUGCAACUUUGGGCCAUCGCCGACAUCCACCUGAGCUUCAAAAGCAAUCGCGAAGAGUGGGCGAAGCUGCAGCAUAAGAAGGACGAUGGGCUCAUCUUAGCUGGUGAUGUGGGCGAAUCGUUGGACCAUCUGAAGGAAGCUUUUCGGAAAGCCACGAGAAGAUUCAAACACGUGUUCUGGGUACCUGGAAACCAUGAACUGUACACCUCAUCAUCACCAAGCAUCAGCGACAAGGAGAAGAAGCUGAAAGGCGAGGCCAAGUAUAAGGCGUGCAUCAAGGUCGCUCGUCAUUAUGGUGUACUGACUCCCGAGGACGACUACAUGACCUGGCCUUAUGAAGGUGCAGAUGGCAGCCAGGAGCGCGCACUCAUCUGCCCGAUCUUCACGCUGUACGAUUACUCGUUCCGUCCGGAGCAUGUAACACGCGAGAAAGCGCUGGAGUGGGCGUUGGAGGAGGGUAUCCAAGCGACCGACGAGAAGUUGCUGCAUCCGGAUCCUUACGCCACUCGUGAUGCGUGGUGUACCCGACUCGUGUCAGAGGCUGAAGUCAAGUUGGAGAAAGCCGCUGCGAGCGGACUUCCGCUCGUGAUCAUCAACCACUGGCCACUGCGAGAAGACACUGUUUUCAUCCCGAGAGUGCCUCGCUUCAGCUUGUGGUGCGGCACAAAAGAGACCAACGACUGGCAUACUCGGUUCAAUGCCAAAGUGAUAGUGACUGGCCAUCUUCACGUCAGGCGCACAGACUGGAUUGAUGGUGUGCGAUUCGAGGAAGUCAGCUUGGGAUAUCCGCGACAGUGGCAAGACGCCAAGAAUGUCGGAAACGAUGUCAACUCGAUGCUGCGCGAGAUCUUGCCAGGUCCACCGUCUCCACCUCCAGGACAAGUGCCGCCUACCUUGUUCAGGCGACUAGGCUGGGGCGAGCCAAUCUGCAUGUAA